AUGGUGGGGAAGGUGUUGAAGAAGAGGCGGUGGGUAGCAGAGGUCUCGUUGACUGGGUGGAUGGAAUCGAGGACGCCAUGCCACCAAGGAGACCUGCAUCUUCCCAAAACAGUCAGGCUAAUGAUGAUAUACCUCCUCCACCUGAGGCUUUGCCCUUAUAGAUAUUUAGGGACUUUGGCUGGCUUGGUUGAGCGUCAGGCUAGAGCUACUGGAAGUAAUGGUCAAGGACGAUCCUCAUCUACUAGGGGUAGCUCCUUUGAUGACUUUAAGAAGUUGGGUCCCCCUUGCUUUUUUGGUACUUCAAAUCCAACAGAGGUAGAGGCUUGGAUUAUGAAGAUAGAGAAAUUCUUUGAUGUCAUUGAUUGUUCUGAGGAGCAAAAAGUCUCUUAUGCAGCAUUUAUGUUAGACAAAGAGGCAGACCAUUGGUUGCGCAUGACUAAAAGGCUUUUAGAGGAUCAGGGGCUUAUUGUUUGGAGUCAGUUUAGGGAGGUUUUUUAUAAGAAGUACUUUCCUGACAAUGUUCGACGACAAAAGGUGGGAGAGUUUGUUCAUUUGGAACAAAGGAAUUUGACUAUGGCCCAGUAUGAGGCUAAGUUUACAGAACUAUCACAUUUUACCCCACAAUUGAUUGCUACAGAGGAGGAAAAGGUAUUAAAGUUUCAGGAUGGACUGAAGCCUUAUCUGAAAAAUAAGAUAUCAAUUUUGAAGCUUAAUGUUUAUUCAGAGGUAGUAGACAGAGCCCUUAUUGCAGAGAAUGAUAAUGAAGAGCUUCACCAGUAUAGGGAACAACAAAGGAAGAAGAAUAGAAAUGAUGGUGCUCAUGGUAACCAAGCACAGAAAAAUUCUGCUCCAAGUAGAAAUCAGAUUAAAGGAAAAGCAGCACAAAAUUUAGAUGGGAUUUGUCCUACUUGUGGCAAGAAGCAUGGGGGUAGGCCAUGCAACAGAGAUAAAUGA